AUGCUAAUGCCCCUGCGGGAACUGAGGGCCAUCUAUGAGGUCCUGUUUAAAGAUGGUGUCAUGGUGGCCAAGAAGGACAAGAGGCCUCAGACCAAGCACCCUGAGAUAGAAGGUGUGAGCAACCUGCAAGUAAUCCGUGCCAUGGGGUCUCUUAAGUCUCGGGGCUAUGUGAAGGAGACAUUUGCCUGGAGACAUUUCUAUUGGUACCUGACCAAUGAGGGCAUUGUUUACCUGCGGGACUACCUGCACCUGCCCCCUGAGAUUGUUCCUGCAUCCCUGCAGAGGAUCAGGAAGCCAGCUGCCACCCUGGUCGUUGCCCACCGUACACGGGUCCAAACUGUGGAAGGUCCUACAUCUUAUGUCCCUAAGCCAGGACGCAGGGGUGAAUCGGAGAGCCAAGAGUCUCUGUCCGAGCGUCAAGGUUACCGCCAUAGGAUGAUGGAUCCCGGAGAAAAAGAGAGCUACACUGAUAGGACACCCAGGUUUAGGGGUCGUCCGCGGGCUGCAGAACCACUCCGACCAAAAGCCGGAUGGGAAAUUGAGGACCAACCUCAGCCUUUGUCUAGGAGGGGGGACAACUUCAGAAGUGAGGCAGCGAUGAUGGAGGAGAGCAGGCUAAAACGAGUCUCUCGUCAACAGCCUGAUGUGAGCAGUGAGAAGCCAGUGACAACAUCACAGGAAAGAAGAGUAUCUGAAGUCCAAAAGCAGAAGGCACCAAUAUCUGUCCAGAGUCAGACAGCAGCUUGGAAACAGGAUGUGUCACAAACCACUGUGACAUCAAAGUCCUCCAAAACAGACCUACCAUUAACUGUGGCUGCUGUCGCUACGGCUACAGGUGCUGCGACAUCAAAGAUUCAAGCUGAACCCUCUAGUCCCAAAACGAAUAAAGAGAAGCUCAAGAUUGGUGAUGAAAAAGCUUCCAUGAAGCCACGCAAAAUGGUAACAAGCAAUUCAGCGAUCACAACACUUCCUGCUACAGAGCUCAAAGAGGAGAAGACGCAAAAGGUGAUCGUGGCUCCAAUUAAAUCUGCAGAGGUCAAGGCUACAGCUGAAAGAACACCCGAUAUCAGGAAGGCCCAGGCAGUUAUCACAGUGGCUGCUGCUCAGGAAACCUCCAAACUCCUUACUGACACUGACACCUCCACCCCUGCCAUCCCAAAACCUGCCAAUAAAGAUGUAAAGGAAGAGAAGACACAAAAGGUGAUUGUGGAUGCGGUUAGAUCUGCAGACGUAAAGCCAGCUAAAACGGCAACUGAUAACAUGAAGGACCAGGCAGUUCUCACAGUGGAAACCUCCAAACUCCUGACCGACACUUCCACCACUGUCAUCACUGUCCGUAAAGAUGUCAAGGAAGAGAAGAUUAAGACAGCAAAGGUGAAUGGGGAGUCAGUUAAACCUGUGGAGGUGAAGACCCAGGUUGAAUCCAAAAUAGAUCAUGAGAAGGACAAGAAAACUGCCAAAGGAACUGUCACUAAGGAGACCACCAAACCCCUACUCGGCAGCACCACCGGCGAACCAGUAUUGUCCACUGAUGGGGUAAAGGAGAUCUGUAAAGUUAAGGUGACUCAGAAGCCCAUUGAUGCUAAAGUGACCUCAGUGAAUCUCUCAGCAAAGCCCAAAACUGAUGAAGCGCCCCCGAAAACUAGUAUGGUGGAGUCCUCAAUACUUGAAGUUAAAACUAGUAUUACUACCACGACUCUCUCAGCACCUAUGACCAAUGCUGAAGAUGCAAAACCCGUCAAGGCGGGAGCUACAGUUACAGAGACAAUUAAAAAACAGGAGAUAACAGAGAUUAUUACAAAACAGGAGCAAAGUAAUAUUAAGGUGACUGCUCAUGUUAAGAAAGAUGAGAAAAAAGUGCCAGAAGAGGUCCUUAACGUCUCAGAAAAGGGCUCCACAUUAGCACAGAACGACUCCUCGUCACCUCAGCUCAAUCAAAAAGUUGCGGCCACAGAGGAGGCUAUGGAAACCAAACAAGUGGUUGAGGGAAGCUCUAAAUCCAAACGGAAGAAAAAGAAAUCCCCAGGUGAGAUACCCAAAAGUAUCAAUGCCGAGGAACUACCUGACUCUAAGUCGGAGAAGGAGAAACCCUGUAAAGACAAGCCCCCUGAGGAGGUGGCUGAAAAAACCCUCCAACCCACACCAGUGAUUACCUCAGAGCCUUUGACCGUGUGCACCAGCAUGAAGACUGAGGGACCUGUAGAGGGAAAUAAGACUGAGGCCAAAAUAGCUAUUGAUGGGGGAAAAAUAAAGAAACAAACUCAUGAAAAGCCAAUAAUGGAAAUCCCUAAACAAACUGAGGACCAGAGAAUUUCUGAAGUAGCAUCACUACAAUUAGAUCAGAUCCCAGCAGUGCCCCCGGUGGAGCUUCCAGAAGAUGCACAAGUAAAAGCCAAGCUAGAGGAAAGACAAGUUAAAUGCUAA